GAUUGUCUCCACUACAGCUGACAAGCUAGCAGCUAAGUUAGCAUUUUGCCCAUUUGUGAGUUUUUAAAAUGCUUUUACAGUACGUGAGGCCGUUGUUGCUUCGAUGCAGGGUAUUACCACUGCCUUGUACACGGACUUACUACGCUGACAGCGUCGCUCGGCUCGGAUCCCAACCUGAUAAACAUUCCUCCGAAUAUCAGGAAAAUUAUGAGCGAAUGAAAGUUUUGGUAGAUGAACUGAGAAACCGGACAGAGAAAAUCAAGUUGGGUGGAGGAGAAAAAUCAAGGAAACUUCACACAUCUCGAGGGAAGUUGUUGCCAAGAGAGCGAAUAGAUAGACUGCUGGAUCCAGGGACUCCUUUUUUGGAAUUUUCCCAGUUUGCAGGAUAUGAGUUGUAUGGAAAAGAGGAUGUUCCUGCCGGGGGGAUGAUUACUGGGAUAGGACGGGUUUCAGGGGUGGAAUGUGUUGUUGUUGCAAAUGAUGCCACCGUGAAAGGAGGAACAUACUACCCAAUUACAGUGAAAAAACAUCUUCGUGCACAAGAAAUUGCUCAGCAGAACCAUUUACCAUGCAUCUAUUUGGUGGAUUCUGGAGGAGCCAAUCUUCCCAGACAGGCCGAAGUCUUUCCAGACCGCGAUCACUUUGGACGCAUUUUCUACAACCAGGCCAGGCUGUCUUCAGAAGGAAUUGCACAGAUUGCCGUUGUGAUGGGCUCGUGCACGGCUGGAGGAGCAUAUGUUCCAGCAAUGGCAGACGAGAGCAUCAUUGUGCAAAAGCAAGGAACAAUUUUUCUCGGAGGACCUCCUCUGGUAAAAGCUGCCACGGGGGAAGAAGUAUCUGCAGAAGAUCUUGGUGGUGCUGAUCUGCACUGCAAAAAAUCUGGCGUGACAGACCACUACGCUUUAGAUGAUAACCACGCACUCCAUUUAGCUCGGAAGACGGUCCGAAGUCUCAACUACAGGAAGAACAUUGAGGUUACUGUAGAACCUACUGAAGCCCCCCUUUAUCCCUCAGAUGAGCUUUACGGGAUAGUUGGAGAUAACUUGAAACGCAACUUUGAUAUCAGAGAGGUUAUUGCCAGAAUUGUGGACGGCAGUAAAUUUGAUGAGUUCAAGGCAUUUUAUGGAGACACGCUUGUUACAGGCUUCUCAAGAAUCUUUGGAUACCCUGUUGGAAUUAUUGGCAACAAUGGAGUCCUGUUUUCAGAGUCUGCAAAAAAGGGAACCCAUUUCAUCGAAUUAUGCUGCCAAAGAAACAUUCCUCUGAUUUUCCUUCAAAACAUAACAGGGUUCAUGGUGGGAAGGGAGUAUGAAGCUGGAGGUAUUGCCAAAGAUGGAGCUAAGAUGGUCACUGCUGUUGCCUGUGCCAAUGUGCCAAAGAUAACAGUUAUCAUUGGAGGCUCCUACGGUGCAGGCAAUUACGGCAUGUGUGGAAGAGCGUACAGCCCCCGAUUCCUCUACAUGUGGCCCAAUUCAAGAAUCUCUGUAAUGGGAGGAGAGCAGGCGGCGACAGUCCUGGCCACCAUCACUAAAGAUCAGAGGACACGUGAAGGAAAGGAGUUCACAGCUGAACAAGAGGCUGCCAUGAAGGAACCAAUUGUUCGUCGGUUUGAAGAGGAAGGCAGUCCAUAUUACUCCAGUGCCAGAUUGUGGGAUGAUGGGAUCAUUGACCCUGCAGACACUCGUCUGGUUCUGGGACUGAGCCUCAGCGCAGCACUCAACGCACCAAUAAAAAAGACCCACUUCGGAGUGUUUAGGAUGUAAUUUCAUGUAGUUUAUGAUGUAAAUAGACAUCUCUUUGUAGCAUAGAUUGUAAAGUGUGGAAAACAGAUUUCAACAGGAAUCCAUCUUUGGAGGAAUAGAUGAUGUAAGUAGUUCUCAUUGUGGGUUAUUUCCACAAUGAAGUUGUGCCUGUACACUGUACAAACAACUGUUCUUGGAAACAUUUUUUCUUGGUUAGAUUAUGUUUUUAUCACUUACUCUAAAUAAAGAUUAAAGAGAUGAAACCCUAAAGUUUUAAUUGUUUGACCUAUUAAUAGUGCAAGGAGACAUUUCCUCAUGAGGGGGCACUAUUUAGCCAAAAAUGAUACACUAUACCUUGUUUAGUGAGACCUAAAGGGUGUUUUUAUUCUGGCUUUCUGAAUUCCUUACUUAAUGCCUUUGAUUGAGCAAAAGAGGAAAUGAUACAUAUGUAUGUAUAUGGUAUCAUAUGUUGUGGUGCAGUUUAUGUAAUUAAAGAUUGCCUUUUUACAUUUAGUUAGGUAUUUAUUAUUUUACUGAACAGUUUCACUCCCGUGUGAAUCAGUUCACCCUCUUAGUUUUGCAUCAGGGAUUUGGUGCAUCAUUGGAUUUACAUGUUUGCAUGGAUUCAGCUGGUUAAAGUGCUUAACCAAAAGCCCUUCACGCUCUCUGUGAAUGACGGUAGUUGAUGCACUGGGGCUGUGGAGAGGUUCACCAUGGAGAGAGAAAGUAGAAAUAACAGGGCAUCAUGUGGGCAUGAGUUUAUCUAUGUGUUGCCCACACCUCCCACUAGACCUUCAUCUUCCUGCUCCAAAUGUCACUGUAGGAGGCAUUCCAAAAUUUCACAUCAUGGCUUCUCAAAUAGUGGAUGUUCAGCAGAUAAAGACAGAGCAGAUAUUUCAGAAAAGUCUUCAGCCUCACAAAAGAAACGGACUGGAGCUGUGAGAAACAUUGAUUUGCCAUAGGAAAUUAUAGCAAUUCUGAAUCUGUACUGUCUUUGUUGGAAAUAGUUUCUGCCCGUCUGCAAAACGAUCAUUUAUUGCGCAUCUUCCAGGUCUCUAACAGAGCAGAGCUUGGCUUUCAGUCUGUUCAGAAUAAUCUGGCAAGCUUUCGAUCUGCUUCAGAGUGCUCUGCCUCCAAGGUUCACAGCCUUUCUUUGCUUAUAUUGGAUUAAAAAGCAGUCAAGACAAAUGGCCAGACACGUAGACGAGCACACUGAAUAACAGUGAUGUGCUAGAUGAUUUAUCUAAGAGAAAAUAAAAUGUCUUUGGGCAAUUGAACAAAGAUGAAACUAGUGAAAGAGAUGAAAGUCAAGUGAGGCUCAUCGAAGGCAACAGCACAGCUGUGAGUGGCAUCUCAAUACACUAGAUUGUCAUCAAAAAGACGAGUUAUAUCACUGUCAAAUCAAAAAGGAAAACUUCAUUUUUCCUGGGGUCAUAUAAACUGUUUGUUUUGAUGAUGGCUUAAUCUGUUUCUCUUAAAAAUAGAAUAUUACAUCAGACCAAAUUUUAUUCUAUAACCCACACAAUCAUGGAUAACACUACUUGCUUGAUAGUUGUCCUACAGACAACUAUCAAGCUUUUUUUUUUCUCCACAGAGAAAAAAAAGCCAGGGAAAAGAACAUUAGGUUUUACAGAGUUCUGUGUGCAAACAUUUGAACAGAAAGUUGAGGAGGAGGGAAAAUUGGGCUUUGCCUUACAAUUCUCAAUGCUGGAUCAUCCCUGAUACUGUGCACCUUCCUCUAGCUGUACGACUAAAAGAGAUAAAGUCUUGUUCUGCAACUGGAGUCUGUACUUUAACGACCACGUGUGCAGGUAAUGAGCUACAGCUGUCACGUACCGUAUGCGAAACUACGCCUUAACCAGAAACUUCAUCACAGCUGUCCUCUCCGAGCUAAGAAAAAUAAUUGCUCAGUGGUAGAAAAUCCUCAAUUCAGAUUAAAGUAAGUCAAGGUAUUAUCUGGAGAAAAAGUAGAGACGCAGAGUCCAUGUUAUUGAAGAGUGAAGCGUCUAUCGUGUCAUCUGCCGGUGCUGGUCCACUGUGUUUUAUUAAUGCAGCUGACAAACUUUUUGGAGAUGUGGAUUUAAAUUUUACAGCUGGACUUGGCUAAUGCCAUUAAUAAAGCAAUCAGCCACAUGCUAAAAAGGAAUUAAUGUUUUUAUUACAUCAGUGAGACUCAUCAAAGGUUUGCUUUUUAAACUGAUAUGCAUAAACUUUUCUAUCGUUUCAAUUCACAGAGAUCACCUGCUAGAGCUGAAGCAAUUUUAUCUGAAAAGCCUUAUUGAAAACAAAGUAUUUCGAGCUUCCAGCUGAAGUGUGAUUUGACAUUUUGUUUCGACUUGAUGCAGAUAAGGGUUUUCUAGCUGAGCUGUAUAUUGUGUAAACAGUGAGUGAACCUCCACGUUGCUAAAUAUAGCUGAGUUCAAAAUACCAAGCAUGUAUUUUUAAAGACAGUAAAGCUCAAAGUUUUAUUAUAUUUAUGGACACAUAAUGAUUUGAAUUCUGUUUGAAGGAAUGCAUUUCUAAUUUCUUAUUGAUCUACAGAAAGUAAAGGAAUGGGAAUAUCA